AUGGCGAUAGCAUUACAUUCCGAUGAAGAGAAUUCCGAAUCGUUUUGUGAGCUCUUAAAAAAACAAAAGAAAAAAGUAGCAUCUACACUUUUGCAAGCAACCCUUAUUCUCUUAGCGAUAGUCAUAGGACAUGAUGAUUGGUCUACAAAUCAGAUGGGUAGACAGGGCCUUUGGCAUCACUGCGCAGAAAAUGGAAGUUACUACUGUUGCAACACCAUGGAAUCUUUUACGUCAAGAAUGACAAGCUCAGAAAAUUAUACUCCAGUUUGGUUAAAUGCAGUUAGAGUUCUUCUGAUCCUGGCAUUUUCCCUAAUUUUCAUCGUACUGAUUGUGAUAAUAGCGGAAGCAAAGUUGGAGCGUUGCAAAAAACGUCAGUCCAUAAUUACUACAAAUGUUGCAAUCGUUAUAUGCUGUAGUCUUUCAGCAAUAUUGACUGUGUCUGGAGCCUCAGUAUACCUAGAAAAUUUUAACCAAUUUACCCGGACAGCGAACUAUUCACUUAAACGUCCCUGCUUUUUUCUCUGCUGGAUAUCUUUUGUUACUACAAUUGCCGCAGCUAUAGUGAUUGCGUACAACACACAGAAACACCAUAACGUGAACACUCAAAUUGAGUCAAGGGACGAACAUACACGGACACAGGGACUGAGUCGGGAGACACCAUCUGCGCCAUCUAUGUCUACAGGAAAUCCACACAAUGUUGGACAUCCAAGAAAUCAUUUGCCACCCAUUGACAGGAGAGGAAACAUUGUUUCGCAUGGCCAUCAUGAAGAGAUGCAAUGA